AUGAACCCUCCCAGCCACCGCCAAGAGGCGAACGAACAUGCCGUCAGCUGGCAGAGUGCGGCCGGAGCUCUCGUAGCUUUAGCUGUUAACGUGUGCCUCCAAGACUCUGGAGAUGUGCUGAGCUUCCCCAAGGAGCUGGCCGUGUUUGCCCACUCAUCACCCGUCAUCUGCCUGGUCGACAGUCUGGUCAUCGUGUUGCAAGUCUUGAUACAGAGCAUCAGCAAAGGUGGCCUCGCACAGUCUGUCAGGGACGUCGCAGCGCAUCGCCAUCAGCUCAGUGACGAGGCCAUGUCACUUAAUGGACUCGUCAAAUUAUGCAUGCUUUUGGCCCUGUGCAUCACCCAGACCACAAAACUCUUCGCACUGAAGGGUGUGCCAUGGACGCAGCUCUUGGGCGCGUGUUACCUCCUCUGCUACGUCGUCAAUGCCAUCCUCAAUACGCUUGGCCCGCAUCGACCCCAGAACGAAGCAUUGCGCGCUCGACUGCUGAGAUGGAGCCCGAGCGAGAAUUGGAUGGCCGCAUUCACCGCCGCUUCAUGCCUCGCCCAACUCGUCAUCGGAGCAUCGGCUACAAGCACCGUGAUGCCCAGCUUCGAAGACGCGAAGCUGUGGUAUCUACUCAUGCCCCUGCACUGGCCCAUGUACUUGUGUUUGCUCUUCUCAUACCUCGUGUGCUCGGUAAUUUUGAUCUUCGCCGUGUUAACGGCGCAGCUGCUCCUAGUCGUCGGACCGAUCCUGCUCUGGUGCAUAGCUCUGCUACUCGGUACCCUGCUGAGCCGAUGGCUCGUCCCCGAUGCCCGGGUAAGCUCAACGCUGUCGGGUGUGAUGGCGCCGCGCAGGCGGCAAUCAGUGGCGAGAGGCGCGAGAGGCAUCAUCGUUGCCUUCGUCAUGGUCCCCAGCGUCGUGUCCAGCAGCCUCCUGUGGCAGUACGUUGACAUUGGCAAGCACCUCCCAAAAGACCGCAACGAAAGGCUAGGAGAGUGGAUCAAGACCAUUGCGGCGGCAUCUCCGCCCUACAUCAGCCUACUUGUGAUGGCUACUGUCAUUGGGCUGCUUUCAUGGCUGCUUGUUCGUGUCAUACUAAAAGCUCUACGUCAAUUGGCCUUGGUGGACAUCAAAGACAACGAGAGCGAGCAUGUCUGGCUGGGCUGGCUGCUCUUGAUCACCAAUAUUGGCUUUGCCUUGCUGUUUUAUACAAGGAUAUAUCGUCUCGAGGGAACUUACAAGCCGCCCUGGGCAGAGAAUCUUGGCUAG